AUGAUGAAAGGCUUCAAGAAUAGGCUUUCCCGAAACAAAAACCAGUCGUCGUCGAAGAAGUCCGACAAGAAGGACGUCAAGGAUAAGGACAAGGAGUCCGGGCCCAAGAAGCUGCAGCUGCUGCAGUCGCAGCUGCUUGCAGCCCCUAAGUCUUCGAGUUCCAACUCGUCAAUCAAGUCCGUGUCCCCGAGCCCUUCCAGAACAGACCAGCCACUGCCUGGUCCGGAUUCGCUGCUGCAGACGAAGCUGACCGAUCUGGCAUCGGGCGCCAAGCUGCUGACCAACGCCAACGCGGUGGCCCAGUUUGCUACUGGCGUCACCCUGCCCCAGACUCCUCCUCCGCCGGCGCAGACUUCCCUGACGGGAACUGGCGGACCAGAGUCGCCUAAAAUCGUCAUCAACGAGCCCCAGACCUCGCUUGCUAACACUACCCCAAUCACACCCACCCCUAGCUCGCCCAUAGCACACAACAAUGCGUUCGGAGCAAACAGCCUCCACCUAGAUGGACGCUUGGCAACUCACUCACUGCAGCUGCACACGUCGCCGUUGAACCCCAACAUCUCGUCUCCUAACCGAGAGGCCUUCGACAUCGACUUGAUAGUCACUCCAAAGAGACACUCGUCGUCGCGCUUCGAGCCUACCACAUCCGAGCUUCACAGAGAAAUAGUUAAGCUCCCUAACUUCGACGAGGUAGCUCCCGAAGAACAGAUUUCACUUUUCAUUCAAAAAGUGGACCAGUGCAAUAUCCUUUUCGACUUUGGUGAUCCUACUCACGAUAUUAGAGGUAAGGAAAUCAAGCGCAUCACAUUACAGGAGUUGAUCCAAUUUAUUGUCAGCAAUAGAUUCAACUACACUGACGAGAUGUACAAGCAUGUCAUUACUAUGUUCAAAAAGAACUUAUUCCGUCCUAUUCCGCCCCCAGUUAACCCUAUCGGCGAGCUUUACGACCCUGAUGAAGAUGAACCGGUUUCGGAGUUGGCCUGGCCCCACAUGCAAUCUAUCUAUGAGUUCUUCUUGAGAUUCGUGGAGAGCCCCGACUUUCAUCACCAGGUGGCCAAACAGUACAUUGAUCACGAUUUCAUCUUGAGAAUUUUGGAGUUGUUUGAUAGCGAGGAUCCAAGAGAGAGAGACUGCUUAAAGACAACUUUGCAUCGUAUCUAUGGAAAGUUCUUGAGUUUGAGAUCUUUCAUUAGGAAGUCCAUUAAUAAUGUCUUCCUACAAUUUGUUUACGAGACAGAGAGGUUCAAUGGUAUCGGAGAACUCUUAGAGAUUUUGGGAUCUAUCAUCAAUGGAUUUGCUUUACCCUUGAAGGAAGAACAUAAAAUAUUUUUGAUCAAAGUCCUUCUUCCUUUGCAUAAGGUUAAGUCCUUGUCCUUAUAUCACCCACAGUUAGCCUACUGUAUUGUUCAAUUUUUGGAAAAGGACCCUUCAUUGACUGAGGAUGUGAUCAUGGGCUUAUUGAGAUACUGGCCAAAAAUAAACUCGCCUAAGGAGGUGAUGUUCUUGAACGAGAUUGAGGAUAUUUUCGAGGUGAUGGAGCCAAACGAAUUCUUGAAGAUUCAGAUUCCGUUAUUUGCCCAGUUACUGAAAUGCAUUUCUUCAUCUCAUUUCCAGGUCAGCGAGAAGGUGUUGUGUUUCUGGCAAAAUGAAUAUUUCUUAACCUUGGCUACUGAGAAUGCAGAAGUGGUGCUUCCCAUCAUAUUUGCAUCGCUCUACGAAUUGACCAACUCCACUCAGCCUGGAAUUGCCACGGGAACACUUCAGCAGAAACUCAUUGACAAUCCGAACUCUCUUACAGAUGCCAACGGAAAUUUGAUUGACCAGGGGCUCAUUUUGAACAAUUCCUUUGAUGGCAAUGGAAACGGAGCUGAUACUAGUGGCAAUAUGGAAGACACCCAUAUGAUUCAUGACAUGACUGAUGAGGAAUAUUACGAUUCUUUUUCUUCCCCACAACAGCACAUGGAGAUGGAUGACUUCAGCAAUAUUCCUCCACAUAACCUGGCUACAUCCAACUGGAAUAAGAGCAUACACCAGCUUGCUUUUGGUGCUUUGAAGGUGUUCAUGGACCACAACCCAAUUUUGUACGACCAUUGCACAAUGUUGUACCACCAAUCCGUUGAAGAACAGAAGUCGAGAGAACAAUCGAGACAAGAAGGAUGGAGAAAAAUCGACGAGCUCGUCAAAAAGUGUAAGGAGGGCACCGAGAACAACCAUAUGUCUGAUUCAGGUGUUAAUGCCCAUUGA